AUGGCGGCCUUCUUCGGUUCGCUGGUAAAGUCUUUUAUUCUUCCCAAGCCUUCUCCUACUUAUAGUGCAGACAAACACCCUGGUAAACUGGUGCAUAUACCGAGGGUUGACUGGGAUACACGGAAGGAAAAUGGCACCUUUACGUACGGGUUGCUACUGCUCGACACGGCUGCUAAAUUCAUCAUCAUCUACGCUCACACAAAUGCCGUAGACGUUGCGAUGGUGUUUGAAACAAUGUCAUAUGUAAGUAAGCGUACCUCUACCUCUGUACUGCUUGUGGAAUACACGGGUUACGGAAUUGCAUAUGGUGAGACGACAGAGCGUUCCAUGAAUGAAGAUGUGCUGUCGGCGUAUUAUUACGCUGUGCGUCACAUGCGGGUGCCCGCUGAUCGCGUAGUGCUGAUGGGCUGUUCCAUCGGUACGGGGCCAUCAGCUCAAGUAUGUGCGCUUCUGCAAGGUGAAGAGGAGGUUCCAGCACUUCUUGUGCUUCAAUCCCCUUUUACAUCACUAAAGGAAUGCGCAAAUGAUAUGACGCCCAAUGUGGGCUCAAUUGUGGGCUACUUGGGUUAUGAUUGGUUUCGUACCAUUGACGUGGUUGCGCAGGUGCGAUGCCCCAUCAUUAUUCACCACGGGCAAUGCGAUGAUGUGGUGCCGUUUGAACACGCGCAGCAGCUAAAACGGACCAUCGAAGAGGCAACACCACCCGGUGUAGUGGAGCUCCAUGCGGAACCGAAUCGCGGUCACAACGAUCUUCCCACAGAGAGCGCGAAUCGUUUUAUAGAUAAGAAACUACGAUCGUUUGGGCAGCCGCGAUGUCUACAACCCAGAUGCCGGCCCUAUCAUUUAGUAAACCCAUCCAUUUACGAGUAUCUCUUCUGCGUGAAAGAGCAACCCAUAAUCAACAUGGAAGAACUUCUAAAGCACUGGAAUGAAACUUUAUCCAUAGGUUCCUUCGCCUAUAAGCGAGAGAAGCUGUACGUACUUCUCACAGCUUCCGUGUCACUCUUCGCUAUGCGAUGUGCCAGGGCGUGGCAACAUUACGCGGGAAGUCGGAAGCGGCAUUACGGUAACAGUUAUAGCGCCAGUUGCAAUGGCAGUGUUGGUGUUGUUGGUGGUAGUGGUGGUAACGGUGAUGGCAGUGGCAGCGGUGCAGAGGAGUUAUAUUGUGCUAAGGAGGAUAUCAUUAAGAGGUGUUUAGCCUGUUGGGGAAGUCCUCUUGGUGCCUACUUAAGUGUACGUGGCCCUCCAAUCCGUCACAAGAUAUUUGGCGUUCACUUGGAUGUGUGUGUGGAGAAUGUGGUGGCUAGCGAUGGUAUUAGCAAUGAAUCGGGUUUCCGUUCUUGUGGAGGCAAUCCCUAUUUCCUGAAGCGUGAUACAGGGGAGGCAUACUUGAGCGUAGCGGAGUUGGAGUUUACGCAUGGCUUAACAAGAAGCGUCGCUGCAGCCAUGUCCACCGCUCCCACUCUUGGCGGUGAGGAAGAUGAAAUGGACGUGUUUCUUCAGAAGAAUGUGGUUACGAGAAUACAGACACAAUGUGAGCGUGUGGUUGCGUUUCUUGAUAGUAAUGAGUGGGAGAAUAUGUUGGAAGUUCUCGUGAGAUUUGGCCAGCGAGCACCAUCGUUUCUCAGCAGUAAAGCGCUGCAGUAUUAUUCGGAGUGCUCAUCUCAGGCACGCUUCGGUGACAGUUGUGGGACCGGUGCCGCGUGUUGCGGUAAUGAUAGCGGCCCGGCACCACGCAGCGAAGUGAUGGAAACCAUUGAAGAUGUUGAUGAGUGGCUCAGGCCGUGGGUUGUUAGUCCUGACACGCGAAUGCAAUUGGGAACGGAGGUGCCUUGGGAUUAUUACCUUUUGAAGGCUCGUCUUUGUGUCAUUGAAUACACGCCGCUGGGACCCGAUACGAGUUGGGAGGAGGCGCGACGCAUUACUGACGCGUGGAGGGUUGUGAAGAUAAUUCAUGACCUCUUUUGUAGUUACUCCCGCCGUGUCCUCCACCCCUCUUUCAGCGCGUCAUGA